AUGUCCAAAUCUUCCGGUUUUCAGACACUUUCCAAAGACAGCGGAUAUCGCUGCAUUGCAGGAUUUCUGUCUGAGUUAACCGCGGAGGUAGAUGUUGAUCUAAUUUUCAUCAAAAUCAAGUCAUUAAUUGAAAAUAUGGAUAUUUCCUUGCUAUCACCAACAAUCAAAAACAUACUCGAAACCCUCUCCAAGCAAGGAUUACCAGAUAUUCAAAAACAACAACUUUUAUAUUGCGUAAAUAAAUUAAUCGAAUAUUUUGUUAAUUUUCCGCAAUUCCAUUCCACAAUUUCCGCAUUAUUCAGUACUGCAAAAAGCAUUCCGACCGCAAUUUCGAUGUUAGAUCUCACUACUGCUUUAUCAAUUUUAGUUUUUACCGAUUCAACACCAAUAUUUGGCGAUGCUAAAGCAUUUAUUUCAAAGAACAUCAUUCCUAAAUUAGCACCCGAAGCGUAUGAGAAGUUACCUGAAGUUGUUUUGUUCGAACUUUCAAAUCUUUUCUUGCCAGAGUUCUCAAUUCCUGAAAUUAUGACACCGAAUAUUCCUCCUUCACUUUCAUUACUCUCGGAAACAUUACCUUAUGACAAUAAACUCUCUUUGGCGCUUUCUAAUCCUUCAUUAUACGAUGCAGUUGUCGAAAGUGAACCAAGGAGUCUAAUUGCCAAAGUCCCUCUUGAUCGUCUUUUCGGUUUCUUCCCUGAUUUCAACGAAUCCCACGCUGCUUCUUAUUUAACUGCGAUUUCAUCUUCAGCAUGUUCGUUCCGUCCUUACUUUGAUACACUAGAAGAUAUGCAGAAAGAAAGAGUCGUUAAAGUUACAAUGGAAGCCUUCGUUUCAAGAGGUGUUGACCUUUCUUCGAUUGUAAAUUAUCUUGAUCAGCCGAAUCUCAAGCCUCUCGACAAAGAUGGAUGCGCUAUGCUUUUCUCUACUGUAUCGUCUAUCUCUCAGAACCAGAAAAUUGACGCUUAUCCAUUUGUUAUUCCUUGGUCGAAUACAAGAUCGCAAUUAGAGUAUUUAAUAUACAUAGCAACAAUGCCUACAAACAUUACUUUCGGAAGCAAGUGCAGAAUGAUACCUCAGGAGAUUUUAACGAACAUAAAAUACGAUAUUUCUCCAAUUCCAAACGGCUGUUGGAUUUGCAUCGAUUUUGUUGAAAGAUUCCUCGAAUUAGCGAGUAUAUACCCUAAGGAAGUCAACCCGUUUUACCAAGCUUCCGUUCAAAAAUUCGGUCAUGUGAUUUUAUUUGCACUUUCUCAAGCAAAAGAGCAGCAAACAAAGGAAUAUAUCGAUUUUAUUAACUACAUAUUCAACAUUGUCCUGUAUUCUCAGCUCGGAGGCCGCGAUUAUUUCGAAGAAUUAUGGAAAUAUUCUCCAAAGUUCUGUGUUCGGGCCAUCUUCUUAUUUGCGAAGAGCUCACCCCAGAAACUUACUAAAAUCGCAGAAACAUUUACCGCGCAUCUUAAGGAACUCCUUGAUUCAGAUAAUCUUGAAUUUUCCAUUGACCUUGCGUUUAAUGUUACAAUCAAGGACUCCAUUAACAUUGACGAGUUCAUAGAUUCACUUGUUGCUAAGCAUGGCCAGGAAAUCCUCGUAACUUUCCUUCAAUUAGUAAAAUCUCGCGCAUUAGAAAGCCAACCAACAUCCAUGCAAGUAUUCAUUACUACAUUAAAUGCCAUAUUCAAAUGGCUCUCAAACCACUUCAAAACAUUAAAUCCAGGCACUCAAUUAAUUGCAAACGCUUUAUACUCAAUUUGCGAAAACAUUGGCAACGGAUUACAGAAAUUCAACUUCGCAGAAUCAUUACCGCCAGUUAAUCCUCCAGAUUUAAAGCACGCAUCUUCAGAAUAUUUCACAAAUUACUUUGAUUCGAAGACAACACUAAACGAUUUCUUACUUAUACUACAUCACGUCAAAGUAGUCAAUAACCAACUCUUUGACGCCAUGAUACAUUAUCCAAUUUACGAAUUAAAUUAUUUAUCGAAUUAUGAUACUAAAUUUACCUCUAAGCUCGGCCAGCUUGUCGGCAACAUGGUCCUUGAGAACCUCUUUGGCGAAUCCGAGCUCAACUCCAUCUUCCAGGCCUUCCACAAAACGUAUUCCGAAGAAUCCGACCAAUCAACCAUGGUUUUCACCUCCACAGCCUUGAAUAUCUGUUAUUUCAAGCUUACACGUAUCCCCAUCUAUGCGUUUAACCUAUUAAAACAGCCUCAAUUCAAGCAAAAAGAGCCAAUUUUAUAUCAAAACUUGAAGAAGAUUUCUAUGUCACUUUCUGCACCAAUACAACUUUCCCAAUCAACUAAACUAAACAUUCAUCCAAAAAUCAGAAGGUUUGAGAAGUUGCAGCAGCCUCCUCCACGUCUUCGGAAAGUUUUGCAACAGUUAAAUACAGAUAACACACAACUAUCACAAACGAUACAAUCCUUCAGUGGAUUUGUUGAUUGGCUAGCUCUUCAUUUAGUAGAAGACAUUGAAGAUCAUCCUGCUCUAUUGCAAGACUUCCUUCCACAGUUCUUAGAGAACAGGGAAUUCACGGAAAUCAUCAUCCAAGCAGCAUCAUUUGAAGUCUACAAUUUAGUAGAAAAAUCAAAUGACAUUGCUACAUACGAAGGUGGAUUUAAACGCAGGAGAUUAUCUAUUUUAGGAAGAUUGAUAGGUAAUCUAACAUUUGCUUUGAACAGACCAUUGUUAUCGAAAUACAUUGAUAUCAAGAGAUUGUUAUUAUAUGCUUUAGCUCAUGGAAAAUUAUUUGGUGUUUUACCUUUCGUUGGUGCAAUAUUGAGAUGUGCAACACCAUUCUUUAAUCCACCAAAUCCUUACAUGAGUGCUAUAUUACAAGUUUUAGCCAGUAUUAAUUCUAUUGACUUAUUGAAACUGAGUAUUAAAAAUCAAAUCAGUUUAAUAAUGUCACAUUUUGAAGUAACUAGUUCUCAAUUCAUGGUCAUUCCUUUGAUACCGAAUAUUAAUGAGACAAACUUUGAUUUCAUCACUGCUCCUUUCAGUUUGUUGUAUGUAUCAAGCCAAACAGAGAUUGACAAGAUCAUUUCCUUCGAAGAUUCCGCUUUUUACACUUUAGCAAGUCAACAUUUCAUUGUUCCUGAUUACGAAGGUGAAAAUGCUGAAGAAAAACAAAGUAAGUUUAGAUCAGCAUUGACACAAGCAACUCUUGCUUUUCUUAAGACUGAAGGAAAGUCAUUGAGUUUAGUUGUAAGUUCUACAGCAUCGGAACUCAUCAUGAAAGACUUUGUUUUGUGUAAUAACAUGAGUUUGAUUUAUCAAACAGCUGAAACAUUGACGAAACAAUUGAGCGCAAGUCUCGCAAUGUUCACUGUUUUCCAGAAACAGCAAAUAUACCUCCAUCACAAUGUAUUGCAUGAACUAAGUCAGGAAGACAGCGAUUGGGCUUUGCAAGGCGUACAAGCAAAUCAUAAUUGGAUCGGCCAAUUAUUGAAAGACGUUGUUUAUUUGAAAGCUUGGAAAAUUGUUCAACAAAAAUUGGAAGUUUUCGAACAACAGAAGAAAGAAAACACUCAUUCACACAGACACCAAGAUCCGAUACCUCAAAAGAUACAACACUUAAUACCUCCUUCUAUUCUGCCAACGGAACAAGGCUUGUUACCACAACAUAAUUUGAUUUACCAAGAUUUGGCAGAACUCGCAUUGAAUCCAGCACAAAUUGCUGUGUUCGAUAAACCUGGAGAGAAAGUGAAUAAGUCUUUUGAACAGUACGAAACAUUCUUCCAAUGGGUGUCUAAGAGAAUUGCAAGCGAAACUGAGUUAAAUGAACAAAUUAAUUCUCUUUUGCAACUGAUUUACGACAAAAUACCCGAUGUCGGACCGAAUUUCGAGAGUUUCAUGUGCUUGAUAAGAACAAUGAUGAAAUACAUGUACAAGAAUAACCACAAGAUCAAUGAUAUCGUGUUCUCAAAGAUCUUGGAAAAGGUUGUAAGCGAUGCACAGCCUGGAUACAUCGUGAGAAUGCAGCCAUUGAUUGUUUCGUGGUUGAGAAACUUCAUUCCAAGUGUUUCUUUACUUUGCGAAUUUCUCAAAACUGAAUUAUUGACAACAAAACUGUUGGAUAGAUUCUUCUUCGAUAAUUUGAAUAGACAACCAUUGAAUGGUAAACUGUUCUUGUUUGCUGUAAGAUUCUUGCAUCAAACACUUGUAGAAAAACCAACUUUGAAGCCAGGUGACAUGAUCGAUUCAAUUUCUUUUGUUGUGACCACUCCUUAUUCAUUAAUUGAAUCAGUAACGACUUCACCACAAAACUACACAAUUGACGAACUCCAGAAAGUGUUAGAUAACAUGGAUGUACCUCUCAACGUUCUAAGCACGAACUCCAAACUCCAGAGCGUCUCCAUUUUCGAUCCGGUUGAAGAUCUACAGGAUCUGGACAAGAUACAAGCAAACUUUACUGAAUGGAAGGAAAUUGCUGAAAACGUGACAAUUUUGACAAAUUCUGACAGAUCAGAAAUCAUUGAGAAAACACUUGAAUGCAUUGAAUUCGGCAAGAGCUUCUUUAUCUAUUUGUUCUUCAGCGAAACAGAGGAGAUCAUUACGAAGUUUUUGAUGGUUAUUUUCCAUUCAAACAACUUAGAAAACUGUUUCUUAGUUAUUUUAGAAGCUUUGGAAGUUUUGAUACAAGGAAACUCUCAUGUCAUUUCCUUUGAUUUCAGGAAAUACUAUGAUAUAAUCAUUAGAUUAAUCACGCAUUCAUUAAACACUUCCAAACUUCUAAAUAUCGCAAGUUUGUUACAUAACUUGAGACUUCUUUGUGCUCCAACAUUUACACCAUGUUGGACACAGUUAAUUACUCAUAACCACUUCGUUUCUUUCUUGGUGAAACACGCUCCUGAAGUAAUGAAACUGUUACUUGAAGAUUACACGUAUUCCAUUACUUAUUUGCAAGGAGCACACGCGAAAGAAACAUUCGAUAUCUAUUACAGAUCAUUGUUAAGAUUCGUGUUGAUAAUGGUACACGAUUUCCCUGAUUUCAUGGAUUCUAUUUCCCUUGAGAUCUGCUCAAUGUUUGGUUCACAUUUCACUCAGUUGAGAAAUAUCUUUUUGAGUGUAACAAACAAUAUUUUGCCGCCAAUAACAAAUGAUCCAUUUAAAUUUGACACUUUUGUUUCAUUGAAUCAACCAAUGCCGGAAUUGACGAAAGAAUUGGCUUUCGAUGAAAUUGAUGACGAGGAAUCAAUAAAGAAAUUCGUUUCUCAGUUGGAAAAGAGAAGCGGAACAACAGCUUUGGCAAGUUACGUCGUUUAUUUGAUCAAUAAAUCUGAAUGCAAAGAUAUUCAACAAAAAUUGGAGAAAUUAAUUGAGUUCACUUCACCUGAGACAACUAUCAAUAUUCUCCAUGUUUGUUUCGACCAGUUGAGGUAUCCAGGAAGAGUUACAUCAGUGUUUAUUAAAUUCUUAGUUUCGUUGAUGAAGAAACCGAAAUUAGAUGAAUUAAUUGUCACAAUUGCACUCGAAAGAUACUCAACUCCUGCUCCUCAACCAUGGGGAAUUAGAUGUUUCGUCAUGUAUCUCGUGACUGAUAAAGAAAUAGAUUUGGAAAAUAGAAAGUUUGUCAGUGAUUCCCCUGAAGUACAGACUUUCAUUAAAGCAAUCAAAGCUUCUGUUGUACAACAAUCUCAAUAA